AUGCGUACAGUAUUCCUUGUACUCGCCAUAGUAAGCACCUCAUUGGCGUUGAAGUGUUUUGAAGGAACACUCCAAGGCCUCGAGAAUAACACGAGAACAGAAGAGAAGCACUGUGGUGGGAUGUCCAACUACUGUAUCCAGAAGAUCGAUAAGAAAAAAAAUCAAAUUCGACGAGAAUGCAGUUCAUUCACCGAUGAGCAUAAUAUGGAAGAGAAGUGUCCGAUGACUGGAUGUCACUGGCAGUCGGCUUACGAGACCUUCUGCUGUUGUCAGUUCGAUAGCUGCAACGAGUGGAAAGCGGACGGUACAGAAUAUAAGAAAGGUGAAACAGUCCCACUGAGCGCUUUAUCAAAAAGCAAGUCAACGUUUGAUGGACAGUUUGAGCCGCAGCCAAGGGCCACGAAUCCUAGUUUCAUGAAUAUGGCCACUACCACUGUGAGGACACCAAAAGCUCGCAACGACGAGAUCAAUUUGGACUGA